UGCCAGUCUGUCGUUUUAAGGUAUUCAAAUAUGUGAUCUGCAUGAGACCUUUCCUAAUAUAUUCAGAGUUUUCAAGUUUUCUUUCUCCUCAAGCCGCGUUUUUUUUUUUUUUGUUUAUUGAAGAUGAUCCUAAGUUUAUUGUCGAAGCUUAUUAAAGUCUGAAACCGCAUAGAAUUUGUCUGAAGGAACUGCGUAAAUCUUUUUUCUUAUUGCUGAUUAAUUGAUUACACUGCAUAGGAUUUGUCACUUAUAAUCUAAGCAGCAUACAAUUUGUCAAUUACGAGCCAAGAAAAGAUUGGGGGAGAGGCAGAUUUGAAACUCUAAAUUUCCAGAGACUGAAACGAGCAAUUUGCACUCGAGAUUGUCAUCUGGGUACAAGCUCUCACAGGUGUUAGGUCCCUGUAUAUUAUGAUUUUCAUUUUUCUGUAUAUAAUUUGGAGACAAACAGAUUAAACAUCGUGUAGGAGGUGUGUAUCUCUGUCUUAGUCCCUUUAUUUAUCUGUGAAAUACUCAACACAAACACAAAAACAAUUUAUCUCAGUUUUCGACAAAUACCCUACAAUCGAGUUGCAAAAUGAUCCGGUUUCCUUAUGCCCCUCUACUAAGACUGGUUUUGUGGUUAGAUCGUACUUAAAUAACCAUGCAUAAACAAGUCUCUGCAACAAAAAGAACCCUCGAAUGCCCUACAAUGGAGUUACAAAAGAUACGGUUCCCUUAUGCCCAUCUCCCAUACAGUAUUAAUUAAUUAAAAUGUGAUUUUCAAUAUUGUUUGUUUUGGAAGAAAAUGCAUAAGAUGGGUACGGAUGAUGGAAGAACUGGAUUGUUAGAGAAUAACAAGCUCCAUGAUCAUUCUGAGGCUGUGGAUGUUAAUGUGAACUCUGAAAUUGACGACCACAUUGAAUCGCUAUGGAUGUUGGUGAUGACUCGGUGGGAGAAUACCGGUGAAUUACAUGUAGGGCAGGGGAUGCUCGAGAAGAUGUCUGAUACCAGUGAAGGGUCAGGGAGCAUCCAGCAGGUAUCUGAACAGUUAAAGCGGUUUGAUAACUUCAUGAGAGGGCAACCAAUAAGCAUCCAGCAGGUGUCCAAUCCAGCCAUGCUCAAAUUCAUUAGUGAAGAUACGACGUGGGUCCCCUUCGAGAAGCGAUUUGACAAUCUCACCAAGUACACCAAUGGUUUACUUCCACGUUCGCGUUUCUUGGAAUGCAUUGGGAUGAACAAAGAUUCCCAAGAUUUUGCCGAGGAGCUGUUUGAUGUAUUAAGUCGAGAUUCUUACCCAAAAGUUGACUCGAUUGACAAAGAACAAAUGAAGGGUUUUUGGGAACAAAUUUCUGGUCAGAGUUUUGACUCAAGGCUACAGACUUUCUUAGCCAUGAUUGAUAGAGAUGCACGUGAUAUGAUCAGAUAUGACGACGUCAGAAGGAUUAUUAGCCUUAGUGCUUCAGCCAACAAGUUAUCGAAUGUUAUGAACAAAGCAGAGGAAUACGCUGUGUUUAUCAUGGAAGAGUUAGAUCCGGGUUCCCUCGGUUACAUCCUGACUGAGAAUUUGAAGAUGUUAUUGUUGCAAACACCACAACAUGACGUGAGAGGAGAAAGCCAAACGCUGAAGACAAUACAAAGUGGUAAUCCAAUAAGGAGUUUGUAUGAAGAUUAUAGCGUCACAAACGAUUUAAUCAACCCUCUAUAUGGAGCACCAACACAAGACUACAAUGAAUAUGAGGUGGUGUUACUACUGGGAUCAGGAACUCCAAUUAUCAAUAUUGUGAAGGAUAUUUUGUAUAACAUUAAAGUCAAAGAAGAUGAGGAGAAUGCCAUUGAAAACGGUAGCAUGGGCAAACUACAAAAGAAAAGAUCGGGGCCAACAAACUUUAAAACAACAAAAGCUUACCUCUAUUGGGUGAGUAGAGAACAGGGUUCCUUUGAGAAGUUUAACAACAUUAUCAAUGAGGCUGCUGAAAUUGAUAAAUAUGGUGUCAUUGAGAUGCAUGCUUAUUGUACAAGUGUUUUUGAGGAAGAUGACGUUCGGUCUGCCUUUAUUACUAUUCUGCAGUCACUUUAUCAUGCCAGAAAUGGUAUUGAUGUUGUCUCAGGGACUCAUAUUAAGGCUCGUUUUGCUGAACCUGAUUGGGGCUAUCUGUAUAAACAGAUCGCUCUCAACCACACUGGUUCCAGAAUAGGGGUGUUCUAUUGUGGAGAGGAAGCACCAGCAAAAGAACUAAAACAACUAGCUCAAGAUUUCUCACACAACACCACAACCAAAUUUGACUUCCACAACCAGAACUCUUAAAACUAUUUUUUUGUGCCCAUUUAAAGAUCUUCAGAAAUGAAUAGAAUCAUAAAUUUUACCCUUCGUCUCUCCUCUAUACAAACAAUUGAAGAUCAAGGCCGCUAUAAUAAUACCCACACAAUUCAGCAGGACACAAAAAUGUAUUAAGUUUAUAUGAUGUCUGGUAAAUAUAUUUCUUUAUUUGUUGUAUUAUAUCUAGAUUUAGCUAAGUAGAGAAUUGUUUUCUUUCAGGAUUUGAAUAAGAACAUGUCAUCCUUAGACAUAUAUAGAGGAACCCUUGUGAGAAAUUCCUUAUUGCUAGCAUGCUAGCCAAAAAUUAUCUCUACAUAUUAAUUAGGUAUCACAAACAUCCAUUUGAGGGGACAAUAUUCUAUACGUAUGGAGCUAUUAUCAAAGCAUAACUAGUGGGAAAUCAACAAAAAAUUAUGCACUUCAAGUCUUCAAGAAUGUAAUCAAAGGGAACUACAGUAAUGCUAAAUUAAAAGUCUAUGUAAUAGUUUUCGGUUUCUAACAUGCUAGAUUUCUUUUAAUAACAAUCAAGUUGUUAAAAAAAACUUUUUCUUAUUCACAAAAUAGGUUGAUCAAAUGAUUGUUAAUUUUGUCG